GCAGAGGGAAGACAACAACACAGCCCUGUCCCUUUUCGCGUCUUCAAAUAUGCAGCACGUUCUGUUCUUGUCGCUAUAAAAUCAUUUCGCUCGGCAGGCGCGCGAAAGAACACCCGUGCGCGUGCUGCUGUCUGCCCUUUUACUAUUGAAAUAUUCGCCAUUCCUGACAGUUCCACAACAGCGCCUGUUCAGAAGUUGCUUCGCUAUUAUCUUUAGUUUGACUUGUUGACUGUGACGAGCGUUUCCUCAGGAAGGUGUCUCUUCAUAGGCGUGUGAUGGAUGGCGAGAGUUCGAAGUACGAUGGCAAGGUUCAUCAAUUCGUUACCUUCGCGGUCUUGCUAAUAGGCAAGAACACAAUCUUCAAACUUCCCCGGUUGAUUUUUAUACACGGUGGUGUUCCAUUCUUGCUCGCGUACACGACGUUCACGGUAAGCGUUGUAAUGCCCAUAAUGCAAUUGGAAAGUACCCUCAGUCAGUUUUCGGGACUUGGACACCUCGGCAUCUUCGACACUACGCCUGUUUUCAGAGGUCUAGGCUACACACUGACGUACUAUUUCACCCUGGGCAUGAUAACGUUCGGGACGGAGUCAUCCUACGGAGCUGUCUUCCUCCUGAACGUCUUCCACAGCCCACUACCUUGGGCCAGCUGCUCGCAGCCGUGGGUGCAUGAGGACAACGAAUGUUACGUCCAGCAAAAACACAUGAUGCUGUGUAGUUCACUACUCGAAGGUCUCGUGAAGCAGUUCUCGGACUACGGAGAGAAGGAAGGAGUACCCGUGACCACCGGCGAGAAGACAUCCUUUAUUCCGCGCGAUGUCUACGCCAAUGUCAGUGCAGAACCAUGUAUCAACGGAACUCUCCCUUCCAUCUGGUUUUUCGUCAAGCACAAGGUAUACCGCCUGAGAUCUAAUCCGUGGGAGGUAGGAAGCGUGCACCCACAGCUUGCCUUGAGCGCAGCUAUCCUAUGGUUGAUUGCCUUCUGCGUAGCCAGGAAGGGAAUACAAAGGGCCAAAUACGCGCUCUACAUCCUAGCUGGCAUCUACUUGGUGACAAUGGCGUUUACCAUAGGCCACGCCUUAGUCCUCAAGGGUGCAGGUGUGGGAAUGAGCUUCUUGUUCGGAAGGACGUUGCAGGGAUUGUCAAGACCAACAAUGUGGCGAGAUGCUCUACGGAUAUCUGUCAGCAACUUCAGUCUCUUCGGCAGCCCCUUUGUCAAUGUUACCCGCUUCAAUCCGUUCAAGAAUGACUUCCGUUAUGUCACCGCUACAGUGAUAGCGAUGGAGCUGACCACUAACAUCGUGUGCGGAGUCCUGCUGUCGGUCUUCGUCAGUUACUUGGCUGAGACACGUGGCGUCGACAUCGAUCACGUCCUCGGUCGAGACCCGAAUAUUCAGCAUGAAAUCGUCCCAGAGGCAUUGACAGUCAUUGAUCCCUCCGGAACAUCGUGCGCUAUCUAUUUCCUAUGGAUAUUAACCAAUGCGCUGGGAUGUAUGAUAAUGGGUCCCGAAGUGAUGUUCGAAACCUUCUCGUAUGAUGUCCCUGAGAUUGCUUCUGUUCGUGAUGAGUUCACGUUUUUCUUUUGUGCCGUGUUCUACCUACUUGGCCUGCUACUAAGCACACAGGCGGGAUUCACUCUCACACGGCUCAUAUCGAGGAACCUUGAGUUGCUUGCGGCCAUAAUUAUGCUAACGGAGGUUGCCGUGUUUCUGUGCGUCUAUGGAACGCAAAGAAUUAUGGUCGACUUCUACACGAUGAUAGGGGAAUACCCCAGCGUUUUUGUUCGAAUAUCAUGGGUUGCCAUCAUACCUUCCUUGCUUGUUGUUCUAAUCGUGACAGAGCUGGUACUCGACCUGGUUGUGCAGUAUAGUGGAGCGCAGGCUUCAACCUUCAACCGAUUUCUAUGUGCAUGGAUAUUUAUUCUUGGGACCAGCUUUACCAUUACUUACGCGUGCGCCUGUCUCAGCAGGUUUUAUUUUGUAUGGAGCGAAGUAGCAAGUCCGCUGGGUCGUUGGAGACCAGAAAGUAGCAUGGACAUCAGACGCUAUCAAAGGCUGUUGACGCAGUUCAAUCUGUGGUCAACGAAAACACCGACAAAGUCAUCGUUGAAAACAACACAGACUCGUCACGGGGAAGUUACCUCCGACACCUCCGCGGUGCGAGAAAGUGUGACCACUGAGCGGUCCGUGUCCUUCGCUCCCGACGUACCCGCAUCCCCUCUCCCAGGGGCAUUCAAUGAGGCACUCGCAAGGCGAUGCGGAUUGCCGAAACCGCCGGAACGGUUGGGCAACAAACCAAGGUACUACCGCCCGGAAGAUAUUCUUCAAGAACUCGUAGCCCCGACUGCCAAUGAAGAGGACGAAGAGCUCUCCUGCAAAAAGGAACUGUCUCCAGAGGAAGAACCUUCUCCGGUACUGAGCGCACCCAUCCAGGGUACGAGCAAAUGCGGUGUACCUACGCUAGAGCCCAAGAAACCAAAAAAAGAAACAAAGAAGAAAAGGAGGAAAACGAAAUCUACCGCCUCUCCCGAAGCGCAGCACGAGACCGAAAGAAAAGGCGAAACCAUCACGUCGAGAAAUAGGUCCGCAAUCGGCAGCUUGGGCAGCACUGAAAAGUUCGCCGUCAAAGCCAGUUCACCGCAAAGCGACAGAGAUGUCGCUGCCGACCCGAAGGUACUAGCUGGCAGCCUGGCACCGAGUGCGAACAGUGGGAAUGAGCGGGCACAUUUGCAUUAAAACAAUCGGAUGCUGUUCAAGACUA